AAUUUUCAAAAAGUGACCUAGAGACCCGAGCCAAAAAGUACACUGACCCUUUUCUUUUCUUUCACCCUCGGUCUCCCCGGACUCUACUUUCUCUCUCUCAACUUAUUUCUUUCUACUACCGUCAUCCAAACUGACCAGCGGCGUUUGGCUUCCGCUUUUUCUUUAAUUCAUUCUUUCUCUUUGGAUUUUCUCAAAGCCAAACUCAACCUAACUUAUUGGCCAACUCGCGUUCAUCAUAAUAACUGCAUUUAUUCUGCUUUUCCUGAAAUUAGUUUUCUGGGCAGAGUUUCAAGUUAAGAGCGCAGCUUAUCAGUUUUUGAAGGCUGCUUGAAAUUUUAUGCGGAGUGCAAGGUUACCAGAUUCGAUGGAUGAAGAAGACCUUGCAACAGAGCACAAAGUGCCAUCUGGUCUCAUAAAAGCGAUAAAGUUUGAUGUUUUAAGCGGGGAAGAUAUAGAGAAGAUCUCUUCUUUGGAGAUAAAUGCGCCCGGGCAGGUCACUUGUUCUGAUUUGGGACUUCCAAAUUCGUCUUAUGGGUGCACGACAUGUGGUUCAAAAGAUAGAAAGUCCUGUGAAGGUCAUUUUGGAGCAAUCAAAUUUCCUUUUACCAUAUUACAUCCAUACUUCAUGGCAGAGAUUGCAGAAAUCUUGAAAAAAAUUUGCCCUGCAUGUAAAUCUAUUCGACAUGAAUUACGGAUCAAGCGUCAUAAAUCACUCCUUGGAAUCAAUAAUCAGCCCAAAGGUUGCAAAUAUUGUUCUGGAAAUGGUAUGGGCCGUUAUCCCGCCAUGAAAUUCAGAGUUUCAUCCAAUGAUUUCUUCAGGAGAACUGCAAUUAUUGUGGAAGUAAAUGAUGCAUCUUUAAACAAGAAAAGAAAUUUGGGGCGAGGACUGCCUGCUGAUUAUUGGGAUUUUAUUCUUGGAGAUGCUCAACCAGAAGAAAAUCAUGUAAAUAGGAGGGUUUUAUCACCCGUUCAGGUUGAGCAAUUAUUAAGUGGUGUUGAUUCAAACUUCAUUGAAAAGUAUAUACCAAGCAUGGAUUUGGUUGGUCUCAGUUGCUUCCUGGUGGCACCAAAUUGUCAUCGUGUCACGGAAGUCCCUCAUCGACUUUCUGGGGGAUAUCCAUUGAGUUUUGAUAACAGGACCAGAGCUUGCAAGAAAUUGGUUGAUUUCAGGGGUACAGCAAAUGAGUUAAGUUCUCGUGUUUUGGAUUGCUUGCGGUUUUCCAAGAUAAAUCCUGAUAGAACACCAAUUAAUGUUUUUACUGAGUUGCAACAAAGAAAGGUUGGAGAAAAUGCUUGCAAUUCUUCUGGCUUAAGAUGGAUGAAAGAUGUAGUUCUUGGAAAACGCAAUGACAGUACAUUCCGAACUGUGGUUGUUGGUGAUCCAGACCUCGAGAUAAGUGAAAUUGGUAUACCCUGUCAAAUUGCAGAAGGUUUGCAGGUUUCUGAGUACGUAAAUAGGCAGAAUAAGCAAAAUUUGCUUUACUGUUGUGAGCUGCGUUUACUAGAGAAGGGGCAUAUAAAUGUUCGCAGAAAGGGUAAACCAGUGGUUCUGUAUAAAAAAGAAGAUUUGCAGAUAGGAGACGUAAUUUACCGGCCUCUUGUUGAUGGGGAUAUAGUGUUGAUAAAUAGACCUCCUUCCAUACAUCAACAUUCUAUGAUUGCUCUCACGGUUAGGGUUCUUCCAAUACCUUCUGUAGUAUCUAUUAACCCAAUCUGUUGCUCACCUCUGAAGGGGGAUUUUGAUGGUGAUUGCCUUCACGGGUAUAUUCCACAAUCUGUUGCUGCUAGAGUGGAGCUUAACGAGUUGGUUGCUUUGGAUAAGCAAUUGAUUAAUGGGCAGAGUGGUACAAAUCUGCUUUCGCUUUCUCAGGAUAGUUUAACUGCUGCAUAUUUGCUGUUGCAAGAUGGGGUCCUUUUGAAUGUUUACCAAAUCCAGCAACUUCAAAUGCUUUGCAAUAGAAAAUUAACACCCCCUGCAAUUGUAAAGGCUCCUUCAAGUAAUACCUCAUUUUGGAGUGGCAAGCAAUUGGUCAGCAUGCUCUUGCCUUCUAAUUUUGACUACGCUUUUCCUUCAAAUGAUGUUUUUGUUAGUGAUGGGGAGCUGAUAUCUUGUUCGGAGGCUUCUGGGUGGUUACGCGAUUCAGAGAACAAUGUUUUCCAAAGUCUUGUGGAAAAUUUUCAAGGGGAGACUCUGGAUAUUUUGCAUGGUGCACAGAAAGCUCUUUGUGAGUGGUUGUCUAUGACUGGGUUUAGUGUUUCCCUUUCAGAUUUGUACCUUUCUUCUGAUACCUAUGCGCGUAAAAACAUGAUGGAGGAAAUCUCAUAUGGAUUACGAGAAGCCGAACAGGCUUGUGAUUUCAACCAGUUAUUGGUAAAUCAUUUUUGUGAUUUUCUUUCAGGAAGUCUAGCAGAUAGUGAAAAUGAUAUGACUGUUGACGUGGAUCGUCUGAAUUAUGAAAGACAAAUAUCUGCUGCUCUAAGUCAAGCGUCAGUUGAUGCUUUUAAACAGGUUUUUCGCAAUAUUCAAAGUUUAGCUGAUAAACACGCGUGCAAGGAAAAUACUUUCCUUGCUAUGUUUAAGGCUGGAAGUAAGGGUAAUUUACUGAAAUUAGUGCAACAUUCCAUGUGCCUUGGACUUCAACAUUCCCUGGUUCGCUUGUCAUACAGAAUUCCACGGGAACUCACAUGUGCUGGUUGGAACAGUCAUAAGGGGCUUCAUUCAACAGAAAUGUUUUCUGAACCAGGCCAAUCUUACAUUGCUCAUGCUGUGGUUGAAAGCUCUUUUCUUACUGGGUUGAACCCACUUGAAUGUUUUGUUCAUUCAGUGACGAAUCGUGACAGCUCUUUCAGUGACAAUGCAGACCUUCCUGGGACAUUGACCCGUAGACUUAUGUUCUUCAUGCGUGAUAUGUACGAUGCAUAUGAUGGAUCUGUGAGAAACUUAUAUGGGAAUCAACUUAUUCAGUUUUCUUAUGAUGCUGAAGAGGAUUUGUCUUGUGAUAGCAAUUUUCGAGAGGAUAUUAUAGGCGGUGAACCAGUCGGAGCGCUUUCUGCUUGUGCGUUUUCUGAGGCUGCUUACAGUGCUUUGAGUCAGCCUAUUAGUCUACUUGAAGCAUCACCUUUGCUGAAUUUAAAAAAUGUUCUGGAGUGUGGUUCAAGGAAAAGAAGUGGUGAUCAGACAGUGUCUUUAUUUUUGUCUGAGAAAAUUGGUAAACAGAGAAAUGGGUUUGAGUAUGCAGCACUGGAAGUUAAGAAUUAUUUGGAAAGAUUAAUGUUCUCAAACGUUGUUUCUACUGUCAUGAUAAUAUUCACUCCACAGUCUUGCAAUUUAGAAAAACACAGUCCUUGGGUUUGCCAUUUUCAUUUAGACAAGGAAAAUUUAACAAGAAGAAAUUUAGAAGUGCAUUCUAUCAUUGACUCCCUUUACCAGAGAUAUGACUCCUUCAGAAAAGAUUCAAAAUUCACUCUUCCCAAUAUGAAAAUAUCAAGCAAGAAAUAUUGUAUAGAUUGCAUGGCUAAGGAAGGUGGAGAAACCUCUGUUUAUAAAAAAAAAGACAGUGAAGAUUGCAUCACCGUCACACUUGUCGAAGACUCUAAGAAUGCUGAACAGCUGGAUGCUAUUCGAAAUGUUCUGAUUCCUUUACUUUUGCAAACAGCUAUAAAAGGAUUUUUGGAGAUCAAGAAGGUUGACAUUCUCUGGAAGGAUCUUCCAAAAGUAUCGAAAUCUUAUGGUUCUUCUGGUGAACUAUACUUGAAGGUUACCAUGGCCACUGACAAUGACAGUGGUGCAUUCUGGGGUUCACUGAUAAACCAUUGUCACAGAAUAAUGCCGUUAAUUGACUGGACACGAAGUCAUCCUGAUAACAUUCAUCAUUUCUGCUCAGCCUUUGGAAUCGAUGCAGGAUGGCAGCAAUAUCUCCAUAAUUUGUCGUCUGCAACAUCUGACACUGGCAAGUCAAUCCUUCCUAAGCAUCUGCGCCUUGUUGCCAAUAGUCUUUCAUCUUGUGGAGAGUUUGUGGGAUUAAAUGCUAAAGGCAUGGCGCGGCAAAGAAAACAUGCAGCUGUUUCAUCACCCUUCGUGCAAGCAUGCUUUUCAAAUCCCGGCACUUCCUUUUUAAAAGCUGCAAAGUCUGGAGUCGUAGAUGAUCUCCAGGGCAGCCUGGAUGCAUUGGCUUGGGGAAAUUGUCUCCCCAUGGGGACAGGUGGGCAGUUUGAUAUUAUAUACUCAGAGAAGGUACAAGAAAUUGAUAAGCCUGUAGAUGUAUAUGGUCUGCUAGAAACCAGUUUUAGCAAGCUUGAACAAGAGACUGUUAUCCCUCAAUCUCACAAAUAUUCGUCCAGAAAUUGCAAUUCAGAGUUUAGGCAUAAAAAUGGUGGUUACGCUCCAAAAGAGUCUAAGUGGAAGGGUGCUAUAAGAAAUAACAUUACUGCAAAUGAUAUUCAGAAGCUUACUACUGCAUCAAGGUUCAUACUGAACAAGUAUCUGGUUGAUGAGAUACUAGGUGAGAGAGACAAGUCAACAAUAAUGAGGGUUUUGCAUUUUCAUCCUCGUAAAAAUGAGAAGCUUGGCUCCGGACUACAAGACAUAAAGGUUGGAUGGCAUCCCAAGUUUACAGAUAGCCGAUGUUUUUUUAUAAUACGAACGGAUGGGACUGUUGAAGAUUUUUCAUACCGCAAAUGCGUUAUUGCUGCUCUUGAUAUUAUUGAUCCAGAAAAGUCAAAGAUCCAAAAGAAAAAAUGGUCAGAAAAUGAUGACAUAGGAACAAAAAAAUGGUCACGAAAUGAUGACAAGGAAGCUAAAAAAAGAUCUGAAAACUAUGACAAUGGAGUAAGGAAAUGGUCAGAAAGUUAUGACCUAAAAACUAAAAAAUGGUGGAGAAGUGAUGACUUGGAAGAUAAAAAAUGGUCGAGAAAUUAUGACAUCGAAGCUAAAAAGUUAAAAACAGUUGAAGGAUAAUAGUAGUAGUGUCACAACUCUAGAUGCACAAAAAACGACGUUGUUUUUCUACCUUCGAUUUCAAAGGUUGUCGCAAAUCAAUGGUAGAGAGGCACUGUUGUCUUUUGUGGCUUUAGAGUUUUGUAAUCGGUAUUAGGGUAGAUAAUCCGGCCUCUUAUUUUGUUGUGUAUUAUCUCUAUAUGUUAGAAUAGUAGUUAGCCAGUGUUGAAAUGUAGCUUUCGAUGAAUUUAGCUCGUAUGAUAGUAGCAGCAGUGCAGCGAAUCAAGAUGAAACAAAGGAGACGAGACAUAGAAGAGAGUGUACAAGUUGAAGUAAGUAUGACUGACUGUACAUUUUUUGAACAAUUAACUUUCCUUGUUUAUGUAUGAUAAAGGUGGGAUGGGUGCUAAAUCUUAAGAGCUUCUUUUUGCUACUUUCACUAUUAUUUUUUUGCCUCCGGCUCCGACUAUGUUAGGCAAAUAAAGAACUAGUGAAAGUAGCAACGGGAAGCUUGCUACGUGCAAAGAUUUACCUCCAGACCAAAUGUAUUGAUAUGAAUAUUUUGUAGUGAAA